GUAUGUGUUGGGCCAUGAAGCUAUGCAAAAGAUGGCCAAAUCUAAUGUUUUCAUCUCUGGAAUGCGAGGGCUUGGUGUUGAAAUAGGUGAAUGAAGGUUUUUGCCAUGUUGGAUGAAAUUAGAGUUGCAAACAAGGAAAAUCCUUAAGUUUGUUAUUACAAUUAUCUCAUUCUUAAAAUCAUGGUGGCCAAUGUACAGUAACAACAAAGUCAAUUAGCCUUUUCCCAAAAGAGAUCACAGUGCAUUCUGGGAUCGUUUGGAGGGACAAAAUAUAUGGUGACAGGCAUCUAAUUUGUGAGAGAGUAGAAGUAUCUACUAUGAAAUACUGAGUAGAAGUAUCUACUAUGAAAUACUGAGUAGAAGUAUCUACUAUGAAAUAUGUAUUAGCUUUUUAGACGACCAAAAAUAAAAUAUCUCUUUUCUACAUUAAACGUUUAAUUUAAAUGUGUGCUGCCAUAUUUCUUGUCCCUCCAACAUGGGAUUUGUGCGACUAGACCCAGGACUUUGGGAAAUGGCUAAUUGUGAACUGAAAUCUUUUAGUAAACACUUUAGCGGUAAACACAUUACGCGAAUGUUUCAAUGUCAAUAAUAUUUCUCUUUGUUUAUAGCUAAAAAUAUUGUGCUUGGCGGAGUUAAAUCUGCCACUCUUCAUGACACUGGGAGUGUUAAUGUAGAAGAUCUUUCAUCUCAGGUAUAUCACGCAGAUGAUUUGUUAGAUAACUGUGCAGAUUUUUGAUAAGGACUGUAAGCAAUGUGCGUCUAUAAUGCAACUGAUGUCCCGCGGUUUCUCUUCGCAACCCAUUGAGCGCUAGUGCUCUGAUGAGUAAAAUUGUCUGGCGUUAAACGUAGUAAAAUAACAAAGUAGAGUACAAUGCAAGUUAAUGCCUGGGUUAAUCUCGCAGGAAAGAAAGGACAACACUUUUUUCUCAUGAUGCACUAAAGUUAUAUCGCGGAUGGCUUACAAGAAUUAGAAUUACCAGCUUAUUUAUUCAAUACUGCAGUGACCUUCUGACCGAGACUGAGAAGAACGUAUAAGCCCGUUUUCUACUAUAGGCGAAUUUUAUUUAGUGUUUGACACGCGGGUUCGUGCUGGUUCGUGCGUGCGUCUGUGCAAUGGUGCGUCUCGAGACGUGUUUACACUACGAGCCUAAGCCUGGCCUAGGCCUACCUUUGGACUAGAUUUUUGUAGUGUAAACGUACUUCGGCCUGGCCUAGGUCAGGAAAUCUGGGCCUAUCAGAACAGGUGUUCCAGAUUUCCUGACCUAGGCCAGGCCGAAGUGCUUUUACACUACAAAAAUCUAGUCUAAAGGUAGGCCCAGGCCAGGCUUAGGCUCGUAGUGUAAAAACGGCUUUGGACACAAGCUAUUUAGUUGGUUGACCUUUCAAACUUUCUAAAAAAGGUGGCCUUUGAUGGCAGUGUAUGACGGGUGUAUAAACGUUCAUUGUGCGUUGUACGCUCAGAGGUCAUGGUAUUGUUAUUUUUUCAAUAUUGUGUUUCUAGUAUUUUCUCCGACCUGAAGAUGCUGGCAAAAACCGUGCGUUAGUUACGCAACCUCAUGUUUCUGAACUGAACAGUUAUGUUCCUGUGUCGACAUGUACCAAACAGAUUACAAAGGAAUUACUCUUAAACUUCCAGGUGUUGUAAGAUAUUGGGAUUAUGUAAACAUUUUCACGUAUACUGUAGAUAAUGUGGUUACGAGUGUACCUGUAUAUAGGGUCUAGGUUGUGAUUUUGACUACCGUUACCAUUGAUGAUGCAUUUAUUCUACCCGAUCAGUCAAUUACAUGCGUAUUAAGCCAGUGAGAGGUAGCGGAAGUGAAAUCUGAACCUUUCUAAUAUUUACCAUCGGGCAUUGAAGGCAGCAAAAAGAUCACCUCGCAGUUACUAAGCGAGAAAAUAAUGUUACAGUAUAAUUAUUUUCAUUAUAUGUACCGUUAGAAGUUUCGUAUUUGAAGUUAAGUAUAGUUGAGAGGUGUAGUAGUUGAAUUUUCUUGCUGUUAUAAUUUAACGAUUCCGAAGUUGACAACCAUCUACUGCUCCGUAACACUCACGCCUUGUUGAAACUCAUCAAUAUACUGUAGCUAAUGAUAACUUUAAUUGGCCAACUUGUAUGAUUGUGUAAACAAGGGUGGAUUUUCAUUGAUUUAAAAGGAGGGGUAGAAAAAUUUUGUGGGGUGCAAGUGACACCACUCAGUGAGCUUCGGCGUUUGGGUUAAAGCCUUUCACACAAAAUGGGUCAAGGGUGAAGCGAAAUUUUGGUGGGGUUGAACACUUUAUUAGAGGGGUUAUAUAGAUUCUAGGUGGGGGGUUUAACCCCUCCUAACCACCCCCCCCCCCAGUAAAUCCGCCCAUGUGUGUAAAGGUUUGUUACGACAAACAAUUUUCAACGUAAUUCUCUGUCCAAGGUUGUUGUUCUAACAGCAUCAUCUGCAGAUGAACAGGAAUGGGUCGGAGAGUUUUGUCACGGUGAAGGAAUCAAAUUUAUUGUUGCAGACACACGGGGUCUAUUCAGGUAUGCAUGGCAAAACUACAGUAUGACUGUAUCGUUACCGUAUUUGAACAACAAAGUUGUCUUGAAAUUUCGUUGCAACCAAUGGAACAACAAUAUAAUAAUAUAUUGAUGCGGUUAAUGUUACAGACGUAAAUACUGUAUCGUCAAAACAGCAUACUGUAGAACUACAUGUACUCGAACAUUUGAAAUAUAUUUUGACCUCGUCUUGUCUUUCUUAUGUAUGCUCAAACUCGUUAUAUAACACUUGCUGAAUGAUGUCAACUAACUAAUAACUAUCGCUUAUUCGUGUGUUUAUCAAAUUAAAGUAAUUGUACAACAACCCCAUACUGUACAUCUAGGCAAUUUGUUUGUUAUAACCUGUCUUCUUCGAUUUUCAGUCAAAUUUUCUGUGAUUUUGGAGAAAAUUUCAUUGUCACAGAUACAAAUGGCGAACAAGGCAUCACAAUAAUGGUUUCUGCAAUAACAAAGGUUAGCGUUAUUGUUAGUCUCUUUACUGUACUCGUGCAGACUGGUUCUCUCGUGCUGUUUUACUGUUUGUCGUCGGAGGAUCAAGCCGAUGUAGAAGGUGUUGUAUUAAGCACAUAUUUGUCAGUUGUUGCAUGUUCAUUGAGUCUUGUGUGAAGACCGACAGAUGCCUUCACAUAAGACUCAAUGAACAUGCAACAACUGACAAAUCUGAGAUUUAUGCAACGCUUGCGAACACUUCACCUACAUCACCAACCUAAUGAAAUUUAACGACGAUUCUGACACAAGCGAACGGUUUGACCUAACACUAUUCCUUCUCCACAACUUUAUCAUCCUGGACAAGGCAAAACACUGGUCAGUGUUACUAUUCAAAGAACCACUCCCCAUUUACAAGCAGAAACCGGAACUCAACCAUGGCAUCAUCGCGUCCCGAAAACUUAUUGGUUUUCUACUAGUAGAUAAAAUACUAGAUGUUAAAUUACAAACUAUCUGUAUAUAUUGGCAUUACUACUGUAUGUAACAUUAUCCAUUCUUGAUGAUGACUAAAUAAAGUCGAAACGUUGAAUCAAAACUGUAACUACAAUAGUUAAAGAGUAGUUAAGAGUUUUUAUACGACCAGCCUCUGUGGUAAAAAACCAUCAAUCGUUUUUAUCCAUGUUAGAAGACGUGUUACGUCAAGACUAUCUGAUGUCAUCAUAUAUUCAUUAUUUCAGGAUGAAGAAAAUGUUGUGACUUGCUUGGAUGAGCAAAGGCAUGGAUUCGAAAGUGGAGAUUACGUCACGUUUAAGGAAGUCCAGGUCAGUUGCAUGUUGGGGGUGCGAAUUUUUGUGUGACGAAUUUUUGUGAGGUGUGGUGGGUGUGGCGCGCGGUUGCUCACCUUCACCGCCACUUGUCCAGGUAAAUGUUUUCCUGAUGUGCGCACAUGCACUAUUACCGUGGUGUCUUUCGUGAUGAGAUUGAAAACUAUACCAGUAUGAUAAAUUAAAAGCAAAAUUCGACGUUUCGAGUCUGCGAAGGUUCUUGUAAACACGUGCUGGCUUACAAAAGUAGGAUGGUUUACAUGUAAAUAGUGAGUCAGGUAUGGCAUGGCAUUUAAUGUGAAAUAUCUUAACAUUUGUUUCACUUUUACGUACUUGAAAUUCAUAUAGGGUAUGACAGAGCUGAAUAAUUGUGAACCAAGAAAAAUUAAAGUUUUAGGUAAGUCCUUACUGUUAAAUUUAUAACGCUAACACCCGCUCUUGGAAACAAACUUUGGAAACGUUUGGUUCGGUUAAAUUUAGGGUUUUGAAUUUUUUAUGUAAUAUUUUCUUUCAUUUACGUCAAUCAGAGCUUUGUAUUAACCUAGUUUGGACACAACUACUGUACAGUACUAUCAUCAGGGGGGGGGGGGGGGCUACAUCAUGCAGUGUUUGAAAUAUUUUGUCAUUUCAGGCCCUUACACAUUCAGUAUUGGAGAUACAUCUGGACUGUCAGAUUAUGUUUCUGGUGGUUAUGCUGUACAAUGCAAGAUGCCAAAGACGUUGAACUUUGUACGUAUUAAACAGUUUAGUUCUGUGUUGAAAUAUUAUUGUGAAGAUCAGUAUAAGCAUUUUUUAUUUAUACUCUUACAUUCAAUUCAUUUGAUUGAAUGCGAAUAUAGACCCUGAAAGUGGAGCUACGUGUACAUAACAGCAAUUUUCAAUCCUUUCAUUUUAGAAAUCAAUAAAGAAAGCACUUCAUGAUCCUGAAUUUCUUAUAACUGACUUUGCUAAGUUUGAUCGCCCAGCACAACUUCAUCUAGGUUUUCAGGUAAUAAUGUUUCAAUAUGCAGCCGGAUUCUCAAACUUUUUCUCUCUUGUUAUUAAAAUGAAUAAAGAUUAUCAAAUGGUUUUCCGUGCAAGAUAGCGUCCUCGAUGCACUAGCUUACAGUAGGAUGUUGCUCGACUUUUGGAAAGCGUUGCCAUCCUGCACGGAAAACCAUUUGGUAAUUGUUUUAUAAAAUAACUACAGUGAAACAACGAUUAACUUUUUUAAAACGUUAACUUUAUUUAAACGUUAUUUAAACUUUAUUAUAAGUUUAUAACUUUAUUAGCGUUUUUGUUAACGUGUCUCUCGCUUAAUAUACUGUUAACUUCAAAACUUCACGUUUUCAUUGUCCGACAUUUUAAAAAGCCUGCGCAAACUGCCAUUUCAUUUAGGCUUUACAUGAAUACAACAAAAGGAAUUCCUCACUUCCACGCCCAAGAAACAAGGUACUGUAUAUAAAACAAGUUCAUACCUGAUGACUGUGUACUUUUUCUUUAUUAUAAAAUGUUCAUUAUUACAUGUAUACGUGGUAUAGAAACUACAUGAUACGAUUGCCUAACUGACUGUCGUGGACUUUCCCGUAAUACCCAUGCGAAUUACAAAUUUGUGGACGCCCUGCGUAGAAAAAUAGUGUUGAAACUAAGAUGAUUUUUUUUAAACUUUUUUUUAUAAAAGAGGCAAAACUUCACCAAAUGGAUAACAGUUUUUCAGGGGGUUUUGAAGAGUGCGCUAUCCUAAAAUAUUAGUAAAUAUCAGGAUUUAUUUGAGGAUAUCAGGAUUUAUCAGGGCCCACAGUUGCAUUUUUCGCAACUGCUCCUGGUUCUUUGUAAUAAAUGUAUAAAAAUUACACUCGAAAUCUACAAAUCCUUUCAACAUAAAAUAUUAGUAUGUUAUUUUAGGAUGACGGCAAUAAACUGGUUGAGAUAGCAAAAGAAAUAAACGGAAAAGCUUGUAGCAAGGUAAACGUCAAUCUUGAGGUCUCUGGUGUAAUGUAUCAAUUAUCUCGCCUUCUUUCAGGGUUUUUACUGAAAAAGUUUGAAAUUAGCAAAUACACGUUUACGUGAAUAUUUACUUUGUAUGCUACAAGAUAAAGUCAUUUUCCUGAUUGGUUAUCCCAGGUUGACGAAAUUGACGAGAAAUUAUUACGAGAGUUAUCUUACCAAGCCAGGGGAGAUUUGUGUCCUAUGCAAGGCAUCAUUGGUGGUAUUGCUGCCCAAGAAGUCAUGAAGGUAGAUUAUAAUGCAAUGUGAGGGGAGGAGAAUUUAGAUCGAUAAGUGGUAUAUAGAUAUAAAACUACAAUGCUGGCGUAUAUACUGUAUAAAAUUGUAAAUGCAUGAAAUUGCGUAACAUUAUUAUAAUUUAAAUAGUAACGUAAGACUCGUACAAAUUAGCACUAUACUACUAGCCUUUGAACAUGUCUCGUUUUGAAGGAAAACGUUUUACUGUACAAAUAAGCAACUACUGUACAUUGCAGUAGCAAGGAAAGAACAAUGCAAUCUUGCUCAUCUGUACCUGGCUUUUCUUAUAUGGAAAGGUUUUGUUUGUUUAUCUUUCAGGCUUGCAGUGGAAAAUUCCAUCCUAUUGUACAGUGGUUUUAUUUCGAUGCGCUGGAAUGUCUUCCUGAAGAACAGGAGAUUGCAGAAGAGUCGUGCAAAGCAGU